AUGGCAUAUGCCGAAAUCACGCCCUCUGUGUUUCCACCCGUGAUAGCUAUAUUUUCCAUGGCAACGAGAAGCUGUAUCACGCUGUACAAUUUUUUUAUUUACAAUUCGAAUUUUGGGCCCAGGGAAGGCGAGGAACACAAAAAGAUUUUAUUUUUCCAUCCACCAGAUGCUUCAAUUGACACCAAAAUCAAAGCAGUCGGUUUGUGUGAAGCCCUUGUCAAGUUUACAGAAACUUUUUCUGACCAGCCAUGCGAGUCGUUACAUACUCUCAAAACGAGACAAGUGUUCUUUCAAGCAGAGAAGGACUUCUGGAUGGUUAUUACUGUAACUAUUCCGAGAAGUGAAAGUGAAAAAGAUGGUCAGCCAAUCACAGAGUACCAUGAAGAAGAUGUACAAGACUCUGUGUUCCGGGCAGUUUUGGAACAAUCCUACAAAAUGUUUAAGCUCUUCAUGGGUACUUUCACUAAUAUUAUUGAGAAGACAAAUCUUGAUCAGUUAAUAUAUCGAAUGGACCAUUUUUAUUCAAGAUAUCUAGGCACUUUGAGACUAAGUCAAGCUGACAUUAUGGAAGUAGAGAAUGGGAUACAUUUUUUACCAUUAGAUAAAAACACUUACCUCAGAAUACAGUGUUUUAUUAAUCUUAUUGAGGCCACAUUCAGCCAAGUAAAAUAUACAGCAUUCCUGUAUAAUGAUCAGCUUGUUUGGAGUGGAUUGGAACAGGAUGACAUGAGAGUACUGUACAAAUAUCUCACAACAAGUUUAUUUCCCUCAUCCCUUGAAACUGAACUUAAAGAAUCGCCAAAGACAGGUGGUCCAUUGCCGCAAAUGACAUCUUCAUCACACUAUGGAAAAUAUGUUACUGGACCUCCUAAUUUAAGUGAUCCUUCAAAUUGUGGUAGAAUUCCGCACAUCUAUGUAAAUACAGACAGCAAAUAUGAAGAAUUGAACCUCAUUGUUUACAGGGCUUUAAGUGCCACUGUAUGCUUAAUGGUGGAAACAUCCAACAUUCCUGGAUUUGAGUGGUAUCGAAGUAUAGAUUCGUUUCUUGGUCCCCAGUUGAGUUCGUUGGCAUCGGAUAUCAGUGAACAAUAUAACAAAAGAACAUCAGUACCCAGUGAACAACAGUACAAGUACAUAUACUUCAAUCACAUGAACCUUGCUCAGAAAACCACAAUACACAAUAGAAAAACACUAAGUGCAAUCAUUAACCCAGAAAUUAUACGCCUCAUUGCGGACAUCAAUGCUGAUUUUGACAAAACUGUUGAUGAUGUUGAGACCGUGAUGAAGACAAUGUUGGAUUGUUGGGUUGUUGGUAAAAAGUCAGACCAAAGAGAGUUCUACGUUGUGAUUAACCAGAAGAAUGCAAAUCUUAUAGAAAUUAAUGAGGAAGUCAAAAGGUUGUGUUCGACACAUUUCAACAAUAUCUUCUUCUUGGAUUGAAAGUGCAUCACCAAAACCUGAAUAACAACAACUUAUAAUUCAACGUCGAUGAACUUUUAUCCCGAUGAUUUCCUGGAUAAUUAACGUGAAUCAUGGA